AUGGCCGUCCAUGUCGAGCGCCAGCCGUCCACGCUUGCCGCUGCGCAGCCCAGCUACAUCUUCCGCGGUCACGCUGCCCAGAUCCACAGCAUCCAGAUUGUGCACCGCAACACCCGCCUUGUCACCGGCGACGCUGACGGAUGGAUCGUGCUGUGGCGGCUGGAGUCCAACCGGCCCUUGGCUCUGCGGCAUACGCAUCUUCUUUGUCUGUCUACUGUCCCCCCUGCGGAUGGAUCCGGUACACACAGGCCCAAGCCAUGGUUGCUGCACUCCCUACCCGUGAAUACGCUCAACUUCUGCGCAUUUUCCAUGUGCUACGAUGGCACGCAGGGGAGUAAGACGGAGUCGGAAAAGGGGCACGCAUUUUCAGCCGUCUCUAGCGAUUCGAUCCUGGUAGCAGUGCCUGCCAGAGACGACAGGAAGAUAGAAGUCUAUCGUCUCCCAGACGAGAAACUAGCGUACAUCGUGCCUCGAGUCGAGACAGCUGAUACAGGUAUGGUGAUGGCUGUGAAGCUCGCGUACCACCCGUCAUCCAACAACACCGUUUUAAUCGCCGGAUACGAGGGCGGUUUCACCGCAGUUCAUCUACUGCCUCGUACUCGUCUACCAACAGGAAAAUCAAUACCGAAACUUGCCCAAGCCAUCUACCUCAGCCAACCCCAUACGCAGCCCGUUUUGUCGCUUGAUGCGCUGCCAGAUCCCAACAUGUACUUUACGUCGUCUGCCGAUGCAGUCAUUGCUGCGCAUCGGAUUCCAGAGAUGCCCCUUAAUAUCGAGCAUGGUGAUGGCGACGAAUCUCUCUCUUCUAAAGAUAUCGAGAACGCUGGGCAAAUUGGCCAGGCAUUAUCAGACCAACCAAGCUCAGUGGCAUCCACAAACCUCACACCAAAUCCGGAGAUUAUGGUGGAUCCCACGGCACCGUCACGGGACAUUGAUGGGCUUGCUCCGUCUGUACUACUAGAACCAUCAGCGCAAGAAGGAGAAGGAACAGAGACAGUAAAGGCAAAUGCAUCAUCAGAGCCCCUCGAUAUCUCGAGAGAGCCUAUAGCCCCUUCUGCAACCACUUCGCCUCUUUCAUUCUCCAAACAAACCAUUUCGUCACCAUCACAUGCUGCGGGAUCCCAAUCGAAGUCAGGAGGCCUCUCAUCUCUCCUCUCCUCAGCCGCAGCGCAACCUCAGCUCAACCCCUCUCCACCAGCUUUCCCCGCCCCUAUAAUUAUUCAGCCACCGCACAAAACCAUCAAUACCAAGCAUUCCGGCCAGCAGUCUCUCCGCGUCCGCUCAGACGGCCGUCUCUUCGUCACCGGCGGCUGGGACAGCAGAGUGAGAAUAUACAGCACGAAGACGCUGAAGGAAAUGGCAGUGCUGAAGUGGCAUAAAGAAGGUGUGUAUGCGGUCGACUUUGGAGAGGUUCUGGGCGCAGACGAUCCGGCCAGCCCAGAUGCAAGCGUGGAUCAGGAGCUCGAGGAAGAGCAGCGUUUGGGCGGUGACGAGGUGGCGAAACGAGAAACUGGGCUCGGGAGGUUGCAGCGUCAGAGAGAGGAAAGAAUGCAGCUUAAGCAUUGGGUUGUUGCGGGCGCUAAAGAUGGCAAGGUUAGUCUGUGGGAAGUGUUUUGA